GGGGAAGCUCUCCAGCGCCGCACCCCGGGCAGAGAACCUCUCCGGUGGGGAUCGAGGGACCCCCCGCGCUAGCCACGGAGGGAGACGAUGGACUGAGCAGAUCCGCACCAUGGAGCCUCGGGUGUUGCUGAGAACGUUCUGUCUGAUCGUGGGUCUCGGAGCAGCCUGCGGGCUUGGUGUGGACCCCUCCCUGCAGAUCGACGUCCUCGCGGAGUUAGAGCUCGGGGAGGCCACGGCCGGAGUGCGCCAGGUCCCGGGGUUGCAUAAUGGGACCAAAGCCUUUCUCUUUCAAGAUACACCCAGAAGCAUAAAAGCCUCCACUGCUACAGCUGAGCAGUUUUUCCAGAAGCUGAGAGAUAAACAUGAAUUUACUAUUUUGGUGACCCUGAAACAGACCCACUUAAAUUCAGGAGUUAUCUUCUCUAUUCACCACCUGGAUCACAGGUACUUGGAGCUGGAAAGCAGUGGCCACCGCAAUGAAGUGAGACUGCACUACCGCUCCAGCGGCCACCGGCCCCACACAGAGGUGUUCCCUUAUAUUCUGGCGGAUGACAAGUGGCACAAGUUCUCCUUAGCCAUCAGUGCCUCCCAUUUGAUUUUACACGUCGACUGCAAUAAAAUUUAUGAGCGAGUGGUGGAAAAGCCCUCCACGGACUUGCCUCUGGGCACGACAUUUUGGUUGGGGCAGAGGAAUAACGCUCAUGGAUAUUUUAAGGGUAUAAUGCAAGAUGUGCAAUUGCUUGUCAUGCCCCAAGGAUUCAUUGUUCAGUGCCCAGAUCUUAACCGCACCUGUCCAACUUGCAAUGACUUCCAUGGACUUGUGCAGAAAAUCAUGGAGCUGCAGGAUAUAUUAGCCAAAACAUCAGCAAAGCUGUCUCGAGCUGAACAGCGAAUGAAUAGACUGGAUCAGUGCUAUUGUGAGAGGACUUGUACCAUGAAAGGAACCACCUACCGAGAAUUCCAGUCCUGGACAGACGGCUGCAAGAACUGCACUUGCCUGAACGGAACCAUCCAGUGUGAAACUCUGGUGUGCCCGGCUCCGGACUGUCCGCCCAAGUCGGCUCUUGCCUACGUGGAUGGCAAGUGCUGUAAGGAAUGCAAAUCCAUAUGCCAAUUUCAAGGACGAACUUACUUUGAAGGAGAACGAAAUACGGUCUAUUCCUCUUCUGGAGUGUGUGUGUUAUAUGAGUGCAAGGACCAGACUAUGAAGCUGGUAGAAAGCUCAGGCUGUCCAGCUCUGGACUGCCCAGAGUCUCAUCAGAUCACAUUGUCUCACAGUUGCUGCAAAGUUUGUAAAGGUUAUGACUUUUGCUCUGAGAGGCACAAUUGCAUGGAGAAUUCUGUGUGCAGAAAUCUGAAUGACAGGGCUGUGUGCAGCUGUCGCGAUGGCUUUCGGGCUCUUCGGGAGGACAAUGCCUACUGUGAAGACAUUGAUGAGUGUGCUGAAGGGCGCCAUUACUGUCGGGAGAAUACUAUGUGUGUCAACACCCCUGGCUCCUUCAUGUGCAUAUGUAAAACGGGAUACAUCCGAAUUGACGAUUACUCCUGUACAGAACACGAUGAGUGCCUCACGAACCAGCACAGCUGUGAUGAAAAUGCUUUGUGCUUCAACACUGUUGGAGGACACAACUGUGUGUGCAAGCCCGGCUACAUGGGAAACGGAACCAUCUGCAAAGCAUUUUGCAAGGACGGCUGUAGAAAUGGAGGAGCCUGCAUUGCUGCUAACGUGUGCGCCUGCCCACAAGGCUUCACUGGCCCCAGCUGCGAAACGGACAUUGAUGAAUGCUCGGAUGGCUUUGUCCAGUGUGACAGCCGUGCUAACUGCAUAAACCUGCCUGGAUGGUACCACUGCGAGUGCAGAGACGGCUACCACGACAACGGGAUGUUUUCCCCAGGUGGAGAAUCCUGUGAAGAUAUUGAUGAAUGCGGGGCCGGGAGACACAACUGUGCCAACGACACCGUCUGCUUCAACCUGGACGGGGGCUACGACUGCCGCUGCCCCCACGGGAAGAACUGCACGGGGGACUGCGUCCACGGCGGCAGAGUCAAGCACAACGGGCAGAUCUGGGUGCUGGAGAAUGACCGCUGCUCCGUCUGCUCCUGCCAGAAUGGAUUUGUUAUGUGCCGGCGGAUGGUGUGUGACUGUGAGAACCCCACGGUGGAUCUCUUCUGCUGCCCCGAGUGUGACCCGAGGCUCAGCAGCCAGUGUCUCCACCAGAACGGGGAGACCGUGUACAACAGCGGAGACACCUGGCUGCAGAGCUGCCAGCAGUGCCGCUGCCUGCAAGGGGAAGUGGACUGCUGGCCUCUGCCUUGCCCGGAGGUGGAGUGUGAAUUCAGUGUACUCCCGGAGAAUGAGUGCUGCCCACAUUGUGUCACUGACCCCUGCCAGGCCGACACCAUCCGCAAUGACAUCACCAAAACCUGCCUGGACGAGAUGAAUGUAGUUCGCUUCACGGGGUCCUCGUGGAUCAAGCAUGGCACUGAGUGCACUCUGUGCCAGUGCAAGAAUGGCCACAUCUGUUGCUCAGUCGAUCCGCAGUGCCUUCAGGAACUCUGAAGUUAACUGUCUCAUGGGAGAUUUCUGUUUAAAGAAUGUUCUUUCCUUAAAAAGACCAAAAAAACAAAUGGUGAAAAUGGAUGAUGUAUGGGCAGCUCAAUACACUUUGUGAGUCGCUGAGUGAACUUUCAAUUGUGGAAUUUGUGGAGCUUGAGGAAAACAGAAGGCAAAAGGAAGAUUCUUGGGGAAAAAACUAGCCCACAGAUCUGGCUCUGCUGUACCUAAUGCCAUUCUUGUCGGAUUGGUGUGCAACUCGUGACGUCAUGACGCCUGACCUAGGACACGGGAGCCCAGGGGAUCCUGGGAAGCCUCUGGCUUUCACUGGUACAGGAAACUUCCUCCUAGAUCAGAAGCUUCACGAGUCAGUCAGGUUCUUCACUGCACAAAGACAAGCUUUCAGGCAGUGAAUGAAUUCUAUUUUCUGAAGCAAACAUAGAAGCUGUAAUGCAUUAUGUACAGUACACACUCUGCAAAGAAGUCUGAUACCAGUUAUUGUAAUGAUAUAAAAAAAAUAAUGCACAGGCAUGGUUACUUAGUAUUUUCUAACAGGAAAAGUCAUCCCUACUUUCUUGUUUUACUGCACUUAAUAUUAUUUGGUUGAAUCUGUUCAGUAUCAGCUCGUUCUUGUGCAAAAUUAAAUAAAUAUUUCUCUUACCUUAUA